AUGGACGAAAUUGUUCUUGGAGGAAUUAGCUUGGUAGGAGAGCUUACAAACUUUCUUGGUUUUCAAGUUAAACAAAUAAAAGAUAACAUAUUUGUUUCCCAAAGCAAGUAUGCUAAGAACAUUAUCAAGAUGUUUGGCCUUGAAAAUGCUAGGCAUAAACAUAUUCCUGCUUCCAUUCAUGUUAAAAUUACUAAAGAUGAUCAAGAAGUGAAUGUUGAUCAAAGUCUCAGUAGAAGUAUAAUUGGAAGUCUAUUGUAUCUCACUACUAGCCACCCUGACAUCAUCUUCUAUAUGGGUGGGUGUCCUCGUCAGCAAGCCAAUCCUAAAAUGAGCCAUCUCACACAAGUUUUGAUUAUGGAAUCAUGUACUCCUAUGAUACUAACUCCAUUCUUGUUAGAUAUUGUGAUACUGAUUGGGUAG